GUGCCACCCGCUAUGCCUGCACCAUUUCAAUUUCGAGGGAAUGGUCCCCCAAAUGACCGAUAUGACCGAUAUGACCGCGCCAGAGGACCCCGAGACCAACGUCGCCCUCCCCGCAGACCUGAAUUCACUUUUCGCGUUCCACGGCCUACUGCUGAACGGCCACUAUUAAGCACCAAGCGAGAGACAACGCCCGAGCAGUUACAAGGUGAUGAGGCCAGCGAUAAGCCUGUGCUCAAGUUUGCCGCUCUUGAUACGCUGAGUGAUAGUGAAGAAGCCGAGAUGGACUUUUCUGAUGACUCUGAUGAAGAGGCACGGCCACGUAAAAGACGCGCCUUGGGUUCUGAUGGCCAGAACGAUUCUUCAGUCUUGCUUCUUCCCCCGGCACCCACUCCCAAAUGGUCCAACCCAGAUCCAUACACUGCGCUCCCACCACCAGAUGAAAGCCAACACAAACGGGUAGACGUGGUCAAAUUGAUUCGCAAAGCAAGACUAGCCAACGCUGCCUCGUCCAAGCAGAACGACGCGGUUGUGGACAAUCAGGACUUCAUAUCUCUUGGUAUGGUCGACGGUUCCACCGGUGCGGGGUCAAAGGAGUCAGAGGAUUCCGAAAACAGGGCUCCAGAAAAUGCACCCAAGGGCCCGAGAGGCAUGGAAAUCAAAGGGGCUGCGACGAAACGCGCGCGCGAUGAGGACCAGCCCAAAGGGUAUUCGCCAAAAAUCGGCAAGCCUCAGCGGAGAUACAACUCAGACGCUUCCAUUCUGUCUGAUUGGCGGCCACUGCCUGGCCAGAACCCGGCGCCUUGGAUGGCGGACGUUCACCCUAACUUGAACCCAGCAGCAAGAUUGCAUAACGAGAUCGUCGCUUUUUACAGUUGGGUCAGACCGCACAUGUACGAACAGUAUGUCCGAGAGGAUCUGAUAUCACGUUUGGAGACCGCAUUCCAGAACCGCUAUGGAAACAUACAACUACGUCCUUUCGGGUCAUUCGCUUCGGGAUUAUAUCUUCCCGUGGCUGACAUUGACCUGGUGCUCUUAUCGACGCAAUUCCUGGACCGUGGCAACAAAUUCUAUGGCGUAAGGAAAGGACAAAUUUACGCUUUUUCAGCCUUCGUGAGAGACCUGAAUAUUGCGGUCCCUGGGUCUAUUGAAACCAUUGCCCACGCCCGGGUGCCUAUUCUUAAAUUUAUUGACAGGUUGACCGGACUCCGUGUGGAUCUAUCCUUCGACAAUGAUAGUGGUAUUCUUGCCAACCGGACAUUCCAGGGCUGGAAAGAGCAGUUUCCAGCAAUGCCGCUCAUUGUGUCUGUGAUCAAACAGUUCCUUCUUCUCCGAGGAUUGAACGAGGUGGCCACUGGUGGUCUUGGUGGGUUUUCAAUCACUUGCCUUGUAGCCAGUCUUCUCCAACACAUGCCAAAGGAGGACCAACAGAAUGUCGGUCACGUUCUGCUUGAGUUCUUCAACUUCUAUGGAAACCGAUUCAAAUAUCGGGAUGUUGGCAUUCGGAUGGAACCGCCAGAGUUUACCAACAAGUAUUUCGGCUCCAGGGACCGCUUGUACAUUGAAGAUCCUAACAACUCCACCAAUGACAUUUCCGGUGGGACCAGGGAGAUAGGACUGAUUUUCCGUGCGUUCGCAGACGCUCACCGCGCAUUGAAGGGUCGCCUGGAUUCGUUCAAAGAUGGUUCCAAGCCGAGCAUGCUGGAUGCUAUUAUUGCGGCAAACUUCGAUGAAUAUGCCGACCAGCGACGCCAGUUACGCUAUGUCUUUGACACUGCCAAGCAAUUCGCAAAGUAUCGAAAUGUUCCCCCGCCUCCCCCGGUCGAAGAAGAAGCUCCUGCUCCUCCACCACCGACGUCCCCAUAA